GUAGGUGGCGACUUCGGUGUGUGCGUUGCGUUGUUGACAAAAAUUUAUAUUCUCGUCGGGUGACGCCUUUUUUGAGAGAAGCUAUUGCCUUAAAGUUUUAUAUAAUCCAUUUUGUGAUUCUGAAGUUCUCAUCUCUUAGAAGGCAGAAUACAAGGAUGGCGGGGAGUAAGAACUUAGUUUUGGUGUUCGCAGUGACGAUGUUGUUUUGGUCAGUGAACGUAGAGGCUACUUCAAGUGCGCCCCCUGCUACGACAACGGGAAUGACAACGUCAGAACGUACUGCUGCAGCGACUUCAACGGCAAUGGUUGGCCCGGCAACCGUUCCCAUGGCGACAAGUGACGCUCCAUCCACAGCAGAUGGAGUUACAUCAAGUGUAGCAACGCCUACAACAAUCGUGGGAAGCACAGUGGCCCAUGGUACCACUCCAAUUAAUAUGAUGGGCACUUCAACUGCAUCCAGCACUCUCAACCUUGACAGUUCUGUGGGCAGUGACACUGUUACUCCAACAGGGGGCGCUCCAGCACAGGACACGACGUCAGUCACCCCUCAGUCUGCUUUUGAGAACUCUCUUCAAGUUGCCACGAAAGUCGAGCAGUGGGACGAGGUGGAACUUGCUCUGUUCCAAGCGAUUGUGACGUAUGGCACCAACCGGUACUGCAAUCAAGGGGGCGCUUCCUGCUUCGGUCUCGGCAGCGUCAAAAUCACGCCAGAAGACGUGGUGAUCAUAGGGACGCCUAUUACAAGCCGCGGCACCACCACCUUUAAUUUCUUCAUCCGCCGACCGGUCACUUCACCAGGUGCCAUGAUUGUACCACUACACCUGGACAAUCUUACUGCAAUUAUUGAAGAAAUCAGCGACAGGCUCAUUGGUGCUUUAGCAGACCCGGACUUGACCAUCACCUUGUCUGCCAGUAUGGACCCCGUCGUGACACCGUCCUAUACCGCCACCCGCCCGCCUGACGAGGGCUUCGAACCCUGGAUGAUAGCGUUCGUCGUCACCAUGGCUGUGAUUGUGGUUCUCGGUUUGGCCAUGUUCAUCUACAGCAAGAUCAAAGCGAGGAGAAACAAACAGAUGGCAGACUUCGAGAUGGAGAGAAACGGUGGCGCCGGCGGUGGCUUGGAAAAUCUUUAGUUCCAUCAACCAAAAUAGCAUCGCUUGCUGUAGGAAAGUUGCAGUCGCCUGCGAACCAGCCAACCCAUGAUGAUAGCAACUCUCAUCUACAACUAUUGAAUUGAGAGAACAUGUGUACUGCCUGAUAUCAUGUACAUUAUUCCAUUAUGCUGUGUUCCUAUUCUCGGAUGAUUCGACGUCAAAUGUAAUGACUUCGUUAGCAUUACGUUUUCACGAAAACUUAAUACUGAGUGACAAGAUAAAGAAGCAUUUAUCAUACCUAAUCCUAUUUUGUUAUUACCUGAGCGAAAGUAUGAACAGAAUAUCUAAUUGGUAGUCAUGUAGCAAAACCCUGCCACAAUCAACAACCUUGAGAUUGAAAUACAAACCCAUUGCAAUGCCAGAGCUCAUCGAUGAGACUUACAUGAUUAGUAUCUUUCACGACUUAAACUCUGGACCUUCGUAUCACACUUAACUGUUAUCACAUUGAACUGUUGAACUAUUAUGGAUCAAAGGGCACAUUGAACCUGGCCAUAAAGAUGAUAACUGAUAGACAUCUAGAUCAUAUCAGUCAAAUGUAAUAUCGCAAAGUUGACUGUAAAUGUGGUAACUGUAGUUCAAGCACGUGGGCAUACACAAGCGUAUGGCUUAUCUGAAGGAAAGAGUUAACUCUAAGUCGAAGAUGUCUUUGCACAGCGGUAUCAGCAUGCAGAAAUAUUAUCUUAUCAUCCCUAUCUCCGCUGAAUCAGCUAGGUACAUCCUAGUGAAUAGGGGUAAGAUUAUAAGGUUACAGGUGAACGUUCUACAUAAGGCUCGUGUUGAGUGAUAGGUCGCUUGAGGGUAAUAUCUUCACACAAAUCUUCUUUUCCAGCACCGAAGGCGCCAGUUUGUGAGCACAAACCAUUAAAGUAUCGGCAGGAACAAGACCAGCGCUGUAGUUGCCGCCAGAUCUCAUCAAGAAAAGGUGAAGAUUAGUAGUGAAGGAAGCAAAAUGUAGCCUCCUUGCGGUUACACGAAUCAGUAGAAGUUUGACAAAUAGCGUGGAAUAUUGCUCGGAAGGG